CUUGCAGGGACAGCAGUUCUUGCAAUUGGACUAUGGCUUCGGUUUGACUCACAGACCAAAAGCAUCUUUGAACUGGAAUCCAACAACACAACAUUUUACACAGGAGUUUACAUCCUUAUUGGAGCUGGUGCACUUAUGAUGCUGGUUGGUUUCUUGGGAUGCUGUGGUGCAUUGCAGGAAUCUCAGUGUAUGCUUGGCCUGUUCUUCCUCUUCCUUUUUGUGAUUUUUGCCCUUGAAAUUGCUGCUGCAAUCUGGGGAUUUGCAAAUAAAGAAAAGGUUAUUGAAGAGUUAAAGGGCUUCUAUGUGGAAACCUAUGAAAAGAGAUCUCAACCAGCUGCCAGAGAGACCCUGAAAGCAUUUCAGUUAGCUCUAGACUGCUGUGGUCUAAAAGGAGGUAUUGAGGCGCAGUUCAUGGACACCUGUCCAAAGAAGACCAUGCUUGAGUCAUUUUCUACAGUGUCAUGCCCUGAUGCCAUUGAUGAUGUCUUCAAUUCCAAAUUGAAUGUGAUUGGAGCAGUUGGCCUUGGCAUUGCUGUAAUAAUGAUUUUCGGCAUGAUAUUCAGUAUGGUUCUCUGCUGUGCUAUCCGCAAAAACAGAGAAAUGGUCUAAGAGCUAAAAACCCAAGACUGCUGCACUAUAAACUCUAUUGUCAUUAACUUCAGCAUUCUGAAAGCAUUUCUAAAAAUUUAUAUAUUUGUUACCUUUUUAAUGCUUUAUUUGGUACUGAUAUAGGUUUGCUUUUUAUGUUAUAGGUUAAAAUGAUAAAGGUGUAUCUGACUCGAGACAAAUAUUGUAUAUAAAAUAUCUGACUUUCUUGAAACUUAUGUAAUUUGGAUGUAAUUUAUGUUGGAGACAAUUUGAUACUUAAUAAAGAGUAAGAUGU